AUGGACGCCUCCAAGGAUGAGCAAGGGCCAUCUGAUUCCACAGCCACCACUCUUCCAUUUCCGAAUUCUCUAAACCUGAACCUGGAACAUUACAACAUAGACGCAGAAGCGGCACAAGAAGAAGAUGAGUAUGACAUCAAAAAAGCAGGAAGGGAAGGUCUAAGGCUGGACUUAAUGCUUGCAGAAUAUGAUUAUAGUCAACCACAGCUCAAUCAAGAACUCAAUCUCAUCGACUGCUUAGAAGCGAGUGUUGUCUGUCCGAGUUAUAAUGGGUCAAGUUCCACUGAGAAGAAGCUCUUCUCGUGUAACUACUGUCAAAGAACGUUUUACAGCUCCCAGGCUCUUGGUGGUCACCAAAACGCCCACAAAAGAGAGAGGACUUUAGCAAAGCGAGGGCAACGGAUGGCAUCUGCUGCAGCUUUCGGGUAUCCUUACGGUUUUGCUCCACUCCCGUUCCACGGACAGUACAACAACAGAUCCUUGGGUAUUCAGGCGCACUCAAUGAGUCACAAGCUAAGUUCAUAUAACGCUUUUGGCGGUGAGUAUGGUCAGAUCAACUGGUCAAGAAUACCACUUGUUCAUCAACCAGCCAUAGGUAAACUAUCAGCAACUGAGAAUCAUCAUAACCAUCAUCAGAUGAUGAUUGCUCCAUCGUUGACUUCACCAAGUGGAAACAUCGGUAAGUUCGAUGUAGGAAGGAUUCCAGUAGAGUUUCCAACUCCAGAACAAUGGCGGAGAGGCGGGGAAUUGUUGAAGCCUGCUGAAGAAGAGCAGCCAAAGAAGCUUGACUUGUCCCUCAAGCUCUGA